UUAUGAAAGGGAUGCAUUAAUUUUUAUUUUCAAUGUAUCCUCUUGUUCACUUUUACAACUCUAUAAAUAGGAAAGCUUUUAGACAGGAACCAUGGCAUAUCCAACAUCAUGAGUAUGUUUUCAAUGUCAUUCUUCUUCUUAGCUCCUUUCCUCUCCAUCAUUAGAGCCUUUCUAAAUAUUCAAAUAUUUUUCUCACAUUUUCAAUGGUGUUUGUUAAUGGCAUCAAUAGCAACCUUUUACCUAAAGAAAUGCUCCAAAAAGAUAUAUCUAGUAGAUUUUGUAUGCUAUAAACCUUCCCCUAAAACCAUGUGCAGUAAGGAUUUUUUUAUAGAAAAAUCAAAAUGUGGAGGACAUUUUAAAGAUGAGAGCAUAGAUUUUCAAAAGAAAAUUACAGAUAGGUCUGGAUUUGGUGACAAGACUUAUGUGCCUGAAUCCUUAAUGGUAGUUCCACCAAGAAUUUGUACUAUGGAAGCAAUGAAAGAGACUGAAUCAGUGAUUUUUGGUGCUGUUGAUGAGCUUCUGUUGAAGACAAAAAUGAAGGUUGAAGAUAUAGACAUACUCAUAACAAAUUGUUCUAUUUUCAAUCCUUCACCUUCUUUAAGUGCUAUGGUUGUUAACCAUUACAAACUUAAGGAUCGAGUUUUGUGCUAUAAUUUAAGUGGUAUGGGUUGUAGUGCUGGACUCAUAGCCAUCGACCUUGCCAAACAACUCCUGCAGGUACAUCAAAAUUCAUAUGCUUUAGUAGUGAGCACAGAAAAUAUCAACAGUGGAUGGUAUUUAGGAAACAACAGAUCAAUGCUUGUUUCAAAUUGUCUAUUUCGUGUAGGUGGUGCAGCAAUCUUACUCUCAAACAUUUCCUCUGAUUCUCACCGUUCAAAGUAUUGUCUUAAACACACUGUUUGUACACACAUUGGUUCACAAGACAGUUGCUAUAAUUCAAUCCUUCUAAGAGAAGAUGAAACAAACAAAAUCACGGGAAUAUCACUUUCAAAAGACUUAAUGAGUUCAGCAGGUUUUGCACUUAAAGAAAACAUCACAACACUUGGAAAACAUGUUUUACCUUUAUUAGAACAAUUAAAGUUUGUUUCAUCUUUUGUUGUUAAAAAGUACUUUAACAAGAAUAUGAAGAUUUAUACACCUGAUUUUAAAUUGUGUUUUGAGCACUUUUGCAUUCAUACUGGUGGAAAAGCAGUUCAAGAUGAGAUGCAAAAGGUGCUUGGAUUAAGUGAUUGGCAAAUUGAGCCUUCAAGGAUGACACUUUUUAGAUAUGGCAAUACUUCAAGUAGUUCUGUUUGGUAUGUUUUGGCUUAUUGUGAAGCUAAGGGAAGAAUAAGAGAAGGUGAUAGGAUUUGGCAACUUGCAUUUGGUUCUGGAUUUAAGUGUAAUACUGUUGUUUGGUAUGCAUUAAGGAAUAUUGAUCCAAUUGAGGAGAUUAAUCCUUGGAGUGAUGAGGUUCAAGAGUUUCCUGUUGAUGUUUCAAUUUGAAGUGGGGAUUUUUAUAAUGAAAGUUGGUGUUCUGUAUUACAUAUAUCAUUCUAUCAAAUCUAAUCUGUCCAACUUUGUAAGUUACAUUACAAUAUAAAUAAUGCAUCAUUGUUAUUUCUCUUCA